CGCCGGGCGGAGCCGGAGCCGAGCGGAGCCGGUGCCGGGGCGGCUCAUUGCGGCGCGGCGCGGCGGCAGCAUGGCCACCACCGUGCCCUGCACCCGUUUCACCGACGAGUACCAGCUCUACGAGGAGAUCGGCAAGGGGGCUUUCUCGGUGGUCCGGCGCUGUGUCAAGCUCUGCACUGGCCAUGAGUACGCUGCCAAGAUCAUCAACACCAAAAAGCUCUCAGCCAGAGACCACCAGAAGCUGGAGCGUGAGGCGCGUAUCUGCCGGCUGCUCAAGCACUCCAACAUCGUGCGGCUCCACGACAGCAUCUCCGAGGAGGGAUUCCAUUACCUCGUCUUUGACCUGGUGACGGGUGGUGAGCUCUUUGAGGACAUCGUGGCGCGGGAGUACUACAGUGAGGCUGAUGCCAGCCACUGCAUCCAGCAGAUCUUGGAGGCUGUCCUGCACUGUCACCAGAUGGGGGUGGUCCACAGGGACCUCAAGCCGGAGAACCUGCUCCUGGCCAGCAAGUGCAAAGGGGCGGCGGUGAAGCUGGCGGACUUCGGCCUCGCCAUCGAGGUGCAGGGGGAUCAGCAGGCCUGGUUCGGAUUUGCGGGCACACCCGGCUACCUGUCCCCUGAGGUCCUGCGCAAAGAGGCCUAUGGCAAACCCGUGGACAUCUGGGCAUGUGGGGUCAUCCUGUACAUCCUGCUGGUGGGCUACCCGCCGUUCUGGGACGAGGACCAGCACAAACUCUACCAACAAAUCAAGGCCGGGGCCUACGAUUUCCCUUCACCUGAGUGGGACACGGUCACCCCCGAAGCGAAAAACCUCAUCAAUCAGAUGCUGACCAUCAACCCUGCCAAGCGCAUCACAGCCCACGAGGCCCUCAAGCACCCGUGGGUCUGCCAACGUUCUACCGUGGCCUCCAUGAUGCACAGGCAGGAGACAGUGGAGUGCUUGAAAAAGUUCAAUGCCCGGAGGAAGCUCAAGGGUGCCAUCCUCACCACCAUGUUGGCCACCAGGAACUUCUCAGUGGGCAGACAGACCACCGCUCCUCCCACCAUGUCGGCGGCCGCUGCCGGGGCCCCCCUGGGGCUGGUGGAACAAGCAGCUAAGAGCUUACUGAACAAGAAGGCGGACGGUGUGAAGCCCCAGACCAACAGCACCAAAGGCAGUGCCGGCGUCACCAGCCCCAAGGGGACCCUCCCGCCCACCGCUCUGGAGCCUCAAACUACUGUCAUUCAUAACCCCGCGGACGGCGCCAAGGAGUCCUCCGACAGCACCAACACCACCAUUGAGGACGAGGACACCAAAGCCCGCAAGCAGGAGAUCAUCAAGAUCACGGAGCAGCUCAUCGAGGCCGUCAACAACGGGGACUUCGAAGCCUACGCGAAGAUCUGCGACCCGGGGCUCACCUCCUUUGAGCCCGAGGCACUGGGCAACCUGGUGGAGGGGAUGGACUUCCACCGCUUCUACUUCGAGAACUUGCUCUCCAAGAACAACAAGCCGAUCCACACGACCAUCCUGAACCCGCACGUUCACGUCAUCGGGGAGGACGCGGCCUGCAUCGCCUACAUCCGCCUCACCCAGUACAUCGACGCACAGGGCCGGCCCCGCACCAGCCAGUCCGAGGAGACCCGCGUCUGGCACCGCCGCGACGGCAAGUGGCAGAACGUCCACUUCCACGGCUCGGGGGCCCCCGUCGCCCCGCUGCAGUGAAGAGCUUGCGGUGGCUGUCCUGGUUCCAGCCCGACGGAGACGGCGAUGGGAGCCGAGGCGGCAGCCGGAGCUGCGGCCCCCCGAAGCACGCGUCCGCAUGCCUGUCCCCCCCUACCCUGGCCCCUGCUCCCCCCCUCCAGUGCCUGUGUUUGCAGAAAACAAAAAGACAAAAAAAAAAGCCAAAAUGAUGAAGACAACAAAAAAAAGGAAAAAAAAAAAAAAAAAAAAAAAGGGGGAAAACCCACCCCAAUCCCAAACCCACCCACACCCCCAAACCCACCCACACCCCCAAACCCAACCCAGCCGCUCGGCCACAGGCGAGGGCGCUGGGGGGCUCAGCCCCCUCCCUCGGCCCGUCUCUGCUGGGGGGGGAAGGGGGGUCCCAGCCCCCCUCCCGGCUGUGCUCGUGGCGUGUUGCUGUCGCUGGUGGUGGAUGUUGUUCUUUGGGCUCCGCUUUGCUCUGUCCUGCCCCGGCCCCUGUACAUAGAGAGAGCUCUUUAUUUUUGAAUUCCCACGGGGGUCCCAGCCACAGGGGGCUGCCAGGGGGUGAGUGAGGUGGGGGGGACACACACAGACUCUCUCCCCUCCACCCCAGUCCAGUGCCUCCCCUGGGGGGCCCGAGACUGAUCCUGGGCACUGCUGCGCAGGGAACACGGUGGGUGCCUUUGGGAAGGUCCACCAGUCGCACCCCCGUGUCCCCAUCCCGCUGAUCCCCACCCCGUGUCGCAGGUGCCAGUCCCAGGUGCUGGCAGGUUUUGGCAGGGGGCAGGUGGGUGCCACGUCAGGGGGCAGAGGGCAGCUGGGGGGUGUUGGGGUUCAGGGUGGGGGGCUCAGGACGAUCCAGCCAGCACUGACGCAGCAUUGAAAGCACUUUAGACUAAGAGAAUGGGUCUCUUAGGGGGCACAGGCUGCUCCGCCGGCGCCCCUCCCAGCACAGGGGCACUGGCAGCACAUCCUGCACCCCCCCCUCCCACGGCCAGCGCUCGGGGGGACCCCGUCACCCCCAAGGCCCCCCUCCCUGGGGAGGCAUCACUCCACUCCAGGCACUCCCCACGUGAUUCCCCAGGGCAUCCCCACCAUGCUGAGGGCUGGUUUUGGCUGGGGGGGAGGGGGCGGGAUGGGCGAGGGAUAUUAAUUAUUUUUUAAUUAUUCUGAUGAUUUCUCUGCAUGCCCUUUGCGCGGGAGCAACCCUCGGGCGCUAACGCUGUAUGUCGAGGAGCUGAGCUGUUCCUGUCCCAUGAAUGCUGGUGGAUCGUUGCCAACUUUUUCUCUUUCCUCCCCUUUUCUCUCAUUCUUUUUCUGUCUCCCCCUCCCCAGCAUAUCCCCCCCCAUGCCCCUCCCCCCAAAAAACCCUUUGUCUUUUCUUUCUGAGCCUUGUAAGUGUAAAAGAUGACUCUGAUUUCGUUUUUGUCUCGGGAAAACUGCAAAUAAAUUAUGAGGAAAAACCAA